AGUACCCCUCACAAAACAGCAAAUCGCAGUGCAGGAAUUAGCAUGAGCUCUCAGGAGGCGGAGAGCGCAGGUAGAGGCAUGUUGUGGGAGAAAGACAGAGUUCAGAAAAACAAGGUAGCUGUCAGCAUGUCAAGUCAGAGAUAGGCAUGCAUGCACACUGUGCAUUGCACAGUGGUGUGUCUUCCAAACUGUCUGUCUGUCUGUCUGUGGUACCUUGUGAGAUACAAUAUCUGCAGGGAUACUGUGUACAAGAGUGACACCUAGUGCUGAAACAAAAAGUGGCACAGAUGUUCUGCCAGUCCAAUUUCAAUUCAGUCAUCUUGAGGUGAACUGUUUCUUCUCCUUUAAGUUGCAUUGUGUGUUUGUCAGAGAGACAAAUUUUUAAGAAUAUGUCUGUCAUAAAAUGUGAGUAUUGAUUUUGAACAAUGUGGGUGUUUACUUGACAGGAUAGGCCAUAGAGCAUUAUUGGUAUAUGCAGGAUUGAGCGUUUUUGCAGUUUGACACCAUUUAUGGACUAAAUAUAUGUCAGCCUCUACUGUGUCAUUUUUGUCAUUUUUCUUUUUUCACCUCAGAAGUCCCUCAGCUUUAUGGAUCUGCAGUAUUAAAUCUGUGGAGUAGCCUUUUAAGACACCAUUCUUAAUACGGAUAAUCUGUUUUGGAGCUUGACACCAAAUAGAAAGGAGUUGGAUGAUAGAAAAAACAUAAUUUCUAGCAGGCAAAAUGUGAUUUUAAUUAGUGUUUUGAUUGGUUGUGUAUUAUUUUUCACUUGUGAAUCCCUGGGUUAGUGAUGCAAAUAUGGCGUUUUUAGCAAGAUGGAGGGAAGUGAAAAAGUUGUUGUCAUGUGAAUAAUUGACUUUUGCAGCAGAGAGUUUCCUUAUUCAUCAAAGCCCUCACCAGGUAUUUGGCAGCUGUGCUUCAGUGGAGUAAUACCUUUCCAUCCUUUGUUCUGUCAUAGACUGUAGACAAAACGGCAACAUAUGCAGUCUAUCAUAAUCGGAUGCUUCGAAUAUAGCAAACAUCUACUUUCAUUUUGUGAAGAAUAUCUAUUGAACUUGAUUGGGUCAUUAAUGGCUGUGAUGAAACUGCUAAAUCAGGCAUCUAGAUUCUCCAAGACAAGGAAAAAAGCAAAAAAAAUCAGAAGACAUUACUAGACCUGAUUGUAUUUUUAUAAAUAUCUUGGACGUUACCUGCACUGCAAAAAUAUUCUCAUGAUAUCCAGUCCUUAGUAGAAUAGGAGAAAUGUGCAUCUUACAUUACUAAAUAACACCCCCUCCCAUAUGAUCCAAAUCUUUAGCAUAUUCUAUUCUCUCUUAGAUCCCAAAACUGGCAUUAUCAAACUACAAAUGUGCAUAAUAUGGGCUCUUUAAUGUUGUGGCUGAUCAGGGUAUGCUACAUUUAUAAUUACUGUAAUCUGUAAUUUCCAUUUAUGGCCACAAUGGAUGCUGUUCAGCUACAGUUCGGCAAAAGUUACACAGGCUCACCUUAUAACCAAGGAGUCUAGUAGUCAGCUGACAUGCAUUUUUAAGAUGUCUUUGGUAAAAUUUCAAAAAAACAUUCCAUAUUUCCUCACUUCAUCCCAGAUGGUUCCCAGAAUGCACAUGAUUUAGGUUCCCAAUCCAAUACUUUCAAACUCAGAUAACUGUGUCCCAGAGUUCUCAGAUCUUUCACUCAGACAAAAAUGGCAAUAGCACAAAUAAGAAAUUUAAAGGCUGGUAGUAGUAAGGAAGGAUUAUUCCAAAUAAACAUAUAAUAUCAAAAGGAAAAAUAUUAAAUGCAAAGUAAAAUAUUGGAUUUUAGAUGGUUUCCUUGUAGCUAAUCUUAACUAUGUUAUACAUUUGGUGACAUCAUUUCUAACAGUGCAUAAUAUUUUAAAAUUCAAAUGAAAUAUUUUGCAUGCACGACCUGUAAACAAACCUGUGAUUACAGUAUUGAGAAAAGUGUGUCUAGUCAGAAGUCAUUUCCAUUUUAACUAUAGUAAAGUGAAAGUACAAAGUCGCCUGUUGUGAAAGGAUUCAAAUAGAGUAGAAAUACCUGAUUAUACUUGAGUAAAUCCUGCUGUCUCUCAGACUGGGAUUACUGAUAUUUUAGGUAAAACUUUUGUUGCUCCAGUGACUCAGAAUAAGUUUUUUGAGCUGUUACAUCAGAAUGAGUUUUCAUUGCAAGGCUCCUCAGCUGUGAAUCCUAAAAUGUGCUCACAUCCCAGUAAAUACACCACUGGGUGCUGUCAGAGCAUCUGAGCAGCUGUUUCAUUAUUCAUUGGGCAGCUCUAGGAUUUGUCUUUGAAUGGCGUCGUAGUCUGUCUCUCUGCUGUUCAGCUUUAGGUCAGACUUCACAAAUUAAAUAUGAGAUGUUCAAUACUAUAUGAAUAGUUAAUUUUAACUUAGUAUUUUCUCCUUGAGAUACUGUAACAGGCUUAUUUUGUGUGUGUGUAUGUAAUUAUUGCAGCAUAAAGGUUGAUAUAUCAUACCUGAUGCAUCUAUGUUUUGCACAUUACCACAACAAGUGUAAAUAUCACAUCUAAAUUAUGCAUAGCCUACUUCCUACACAUAAUGUUGCAUGUUUACUGGCUGUCUUCGUGAAAGACAAACUUGAGUUUUGUACUGCACACAAGUUACUCACUAUUUCACAUACAGGUCACACUCUUUUUCUCAGCUUCUGCCGCUCACAGCAGCAGCAGCAGCAGCAACUUUGUGUGUAUGCAUGUCUCUGUAUGUGUGUAUGUGAGGGUGCGUCAGAGGAAAAAGGAAGUUGCGGGAUGAAGUUAAAAGCCUUCAACGCAGUGCAGCUCUGCAGAACACCCACCACGGAAGAAAGGCAGAACAAGAGCGCUGAAGUCUGAAAAUGAGGCAUUGAAAGGAAGACGGGGACGUGAGCACUGAGAGAGAAGAUACAGAACUGCCAGGGGAAACUAGCAAAGAGAAUAAAGAUGGAGCUGUGGCGGCAGUGUGCGAUGUGGUUGAUCGACUGCCGGGUUCUUCCUGAGAACCACCGGGUCACAUGGGAGGGAGCGCAGGUGUGUGACCUGGCUCAGGCUCUGAGAGAUGGUGUGCUUCUGUGCCAGUUGCUCAACAACCUGCUGCCCCAGGCUGUCAACCUGAGAGAGAUCAACCUGCGGCCACAGAUGUCUCAGUUCCUGUGCCUAAAGAACAUUCGGACAUUCCUGGGAGUUUGUCAAGAGCGGUUUCAUCUCAAAAAGAGCGAACUGUUUGAAGCCUUUGACCUGUUUGAUGUUCGGGACUUUGCAAAGGUCAUAGACACGUUGUCCACUCUGUCUCAUUCAUCAGUUGCUGUGCAGAGAGGAUUUCAGCCGUUUCCUUUGGAGGGAUGCACUCCUGAUGAUGAAAUCUACAGCGGCCUGUCUGACCAAAUAGAUGACACAGUGGAUGAGGAUGACGACUUAUACGACUGUGUGGAGGAUGAGGAGAACGAAGGAGAUGAGAUCUAUGAAGACUUGAUGCGGACGGACGAACAGCCUGAAACUCAGCAGAAGAUUGCUGUAGACAAGAGAGAAUGCUGCCUGCAGGAGAUCAGACAGACGGAGGAGAAAUACACUGAUACACUGGAUUCCAUAUUACAGCACUUUAUGAAGCCUCUUGAAAGGUUUCUCGUGGUGGAAGAAAUUGAAAAUAUCUUCAUCAAUAUAGAGGAUUUGGCUCACACCCAUCGUAGUAUGCUGGAGGAGGUUCAGAGCUCCAUCCUACAUUACGGAGCCAAGAAUCUCUACCAGGUGUUUCUUAGCUACAAGGAAAGGUUGUUACUCUACGGUCGUUACUGUAGUCAGGUGGAAGCAGCAACUAAACACCUUGACAAGCUUUCAAAUACGAGGGAGGAUAUCAGGAUGAAACUGGAGGAGUGUUCAAAGAGAGCGAACAGCGGCCGGUUUUCUCUCAGAGAUUUACUCAUGGUCCCUAUGCAGAGAGUCCUCAAAUAUCACCUGCUGUUACAGGAGCUGGUGAAACACACCACAGACCCGACAGAAAAGGACAACCUCCGAACAGCUCUCGAUGCCAUGAGAGACCUGGCACAGUCUGUGAACGAGGUGAAGCGAGACAAUGAGAUCAUCAAGCAAAUUACUGACUUUCAGUUGUCUAUCGUAAACAUGACUCAGUCUCUAGCUCUCUAUGGUCGGCCAAAGAUUGAUGGAGAACUGAAGAUCUGCAGCUCAGAGAAAAAGUCUAAACAGGACAGGUAUGCAUUCCUCUUUGAUAAAGCUGUGAUUAUUUGUAAGAAGAAAAGCGGAGAGACGUUUGAGCUAAAGGAGGUCAUUGAACUACAGCGCUACCAGAUAAGAGAUGAAACUGCAGGACAGAAGGACAAUAAAAAGUGGUCAUAUUUGUUCCUCCUGCUGGACUGCUAUGGGAGUUGUGGCUACGAUUUGUUCUUCAAAACUAGAGAAAUGAAGAAGAAAUGGCUGGAACAGUUUGAGAUGGCUAUUUCAAAUAUGUGUCCUGAGAACGCCACAGCAAAUAACCAUGACUUCCAGAUGCACUGCUUCGAGGAAACCACGUCCUGCAGGGCCUGCUCAAUGUUGUUAAGAGGGAUAUUUUUCCAGGGCUAUCGCUGCACUCGCUGUAAAAUGGCAGCACACAAAGAGUGUUUAGGCAGAGUCCCUGCCUGCGGAAGAAACUCAGAUCACUCUGUCAAUACAAAGAAGCCCCUGCAGAAUAAAUCAAGGUCCUCGGGACAUUCUGGUCUUGGAUUUCCUAAGAUGGAGGUGUGUCAGGAGUACUACGGCCUGCCGCCGCCUCCUGUAGGCUUUGGACAACCACUGCAGCUCUCCAAAGGCGACAUCAUUGAGCUGACCCGGGCCAACGUCGACAUGAACUGGUGGGAGGGAAAAAACCUGACUGUUGGUCAAAUGGGAUGGUUCCCCUGCCAAAAAGUUCAGCCCUACAUCUCUAGGCCGACCCCAGACUUGUCUGCCUUCAACUGGUUUGCAGGGAACAUGGACCGCACCGCUGCCAAAAACCUGUUAAUGUCCCGGUCUGAUGGAACCUUCCUCGUACGACAGAAAGACGGAGGAGAGUUUGCGAUCAGCAUCAAGUUCAACAUGGACAUCAGACACAUUAAGAUCACCUCUAAUGAAGGCCUUUACCGCAUCAACGACAAGAAAGCAUUCAAGGGUUUAAUCGAGAUGAUUCAGUUUUACCAGCAGAACUCUCUGAAGGAGUACUUUAAGGAUGUGGAUACCACGCUGCGAACGCCUUACAAACAGCCAGAGCAAAGCAACUCGUCUAACAGCACGCCAAAUACCACACCAGGGGGCAGCAUCAGGAGCUUCGGCGUAGCGAGGGCCAGGUAUGACUUCUCCGCCAGGGACCGCUCAGAGCUGUCGCUGCGGGAAGGAGACACCAUCAAGAUCCUCUCCAAGAAGGGUCACAGUGGCUGGUGGAAGGGAGAGGUGUACGGCCGGGUGGGACUCUUUCCAGCCAACUAUGUGGAUGAGGAUUACUCUGACUACUGCUGAUGUGCAGCCAGAGGAGAUGCGUAGACCCAUCCUGUGUGUGCAGGGGUCUGUGUGAGCGACUGCAUUAACCCAUAUGCAUGAAUGAGGCCGUGUGUGUGUGUGUGUGUGUGUGUGUGCGUGUGUGUGUGUGUGUGUGUGUGUGUGUGUGUGUGUGUGUGUGUGUGUGUGUGUGUGUGAGAACGAUGCUAUACUUGUGAUAUAAUGAUUGUCCUGUGAUGUGAAUAAAACUUUUGUGACUAAUUUGGAGAAAAAAUGUACGUGUGAACUUUACACCUACAGUAUUUACCACAUCAGAGUAAACAGAUGUGCUAAAAUGCUAAGUGAUUCAAAAUUGUAUUAUCAUACAAUAAAUAAAUUAUUUUUAAGUGUCA